AGGCAGCGUCACAACGGAUAUUUACGGGACACUCUAAAAGGACCUCCCCAACCCGCUACAACUGUGGAGGCAGCGAAAACUUCGCUCGGCAGUGCCCUUCAUCACGGAACCAGCGCAGACCUACAGGAACGCCUUCCUACAAUGUGCGUUCUCGUCCACUUGAUCGUCGUCUUCGCAUCCUUCUCCAUCUUCUAA